UUUAUGUGGAGGGAAAUAAAUGAGUGUGUGGGGAAGUAGGAAAACAAAUGGGGGAGUCUCGUGGAUUUCCAGGUAUGUUGGGUUCCAUUGACUGUAUGCAUUGGGAAUGGAAAAAUUGUCCAGUUGCAUGGAAAUGUCAGUAUUCUCGAGGUUCUAACAGUGAUAUCAAUGUGCUAAACCAAUCUGAUGUGUUUACCAAUGUGUUGAAUGGCACAGCUCCUGAAGUGCACUACGAGGUGAACAGAACACAAUAUCAUAUGGGUUACUAUCUAGCGGAUGGUAUCUAUCCCGAGUGGGCUACAUUUGUCAAGACAAUCCCAAUGCCACAAGGAGAAAAAAGACAAUUGUUUGCCAAAGCACAAGAAGGAGCAAGAAAGGAUGUUGAGCGCGCAUUUGGAGUACUCCAAUCUCGAUUUGCAAUUAUUCGCGGCCCCUCACGCUUCUGGCAUGUGAAUACCAUGAAACAUUUAAUGUAUGCAUGCAUUAUAUUGCAUAACAUGAUUGUUGAAGAUGAACGUGAUGGGUAUAAUGGUAAUUUUGUUUACGACCAAGUAGACAAUGCCAUCAUAACCGCUGAAGUAUCUAAUGGUCCUAUCCCUUCAUUUGCAACAUUCUUAGAAAGAAGAGGUCAUAUGAGUCAAAGAGAAAUCCAUCGCCAACUUCAAGCAGACUUGGUGGAGCAUAUUUGGGAGCUCUCCAAAAGUAGGAAUAAUGAAAUUUAAUCUUUGUGAGAGUUUUCAUUAUUAUUUAUUUUGCAAUGAAUUUUAUCUUAUUUCGAAUUUAAUUAUAUAAUAUAAUGUAAUGCAUUUUGUUUGAAUUUUGUUUU